CAUUGUACUUCCAUUACCACCGCAUUGUACCAAAUUACUUGUUUUCCUUUUGGGAAAAAAAGGUGUUAUCCUCAUCUGGAGUUUUACUUUUUUUGCCUUGUUGUUAUGAUUCCUAGAUCGAUAUCUUGUUUCAGGGUUCUUACAUUGAUAAUUUCAAUUCAUUUCUCAAGUAAAAGCAUAAAUCGACAGACUUAUUUAUUUGCAAGCUUGGUCUGAGAUCAAAGUGGGGUUUCUUCAAAUUUCUGUAAUUUGGAGAACCCCACUUGGUUUCGCAUCACAAGAGCUUGUAUACUUAACUAUUAAUGGGCAAUUGCAAUAUUAGUUUCCAGCGUGGUGAUGAUGGCGAUUCGAUAGAGGAACAACAGGUAAACUUUGCGGGUGGAAAAGUUCAUGUUGUAUCAACAAAAGCUGAUUGGGACAGACAACUAGCAGAUGCAAACAAGCAACGAAAAACAGUUUUAGUGAACUUCAGCGUGAGUUGGUGUAAGCCUUGCAGAACUAUUGCUCCACAUUUCUGCGAGUUGUCUGUAAAAUACCCUUCUCUUGUAUUCCUUACAGUCGAUGUUGAUGAACUCCCGGAAUUCAGUUCUUCGUUGGAAAUCAAAGCUACACCGACGUUCUUCUUCUUCAAAGAUGGAGAGCAAUUGGAUAAACUUGUUGGAGCAAAUAGAUCAGAUCUCGGGAAGAAAAUUAUUGAAAUACUUAACCAAUUAUCUAAGAAUUAAUGAGUUACUACUUGGCAGAGAGAUCCCAUUGUCAUAUUUUUGUGUCUAGUUAGCUUUAUAUGUAUAUGCCACUAAUUGAUGAAUCCAUUCAAUUCUUUACAUGAAA